CACUCUCCGAUGCAGCGGGAUACAUUCAGUUACGUCAGAAAAAACAGUGCCAACAAUGAGAUAGCAGUAAUCUGACACACAGGUCGCUCCUGGAGCCAGUGGUAUUAAAAACAUUAGCAGGCGAUGACAGCAGGAUUUACUGUGAACCGGGACCGGGUCUUAAUAAAGUUUAGAGCCACUGUUGUUUAAGCGUACAGCCGUUAACAUCCUGAUUGAAUCCACCUUUCACCUAAAACAAACUCGGUGAAGUUCCGUUUCCUACGCAUACGUCGGCCCUGAAUGGCUAAACUACCAGGAAAUGCAGGUGUCUCGGUGCUCGGGGACAAGUCGUUGGAGUUUUACCGGGACCCGGUGGGCUUCUGCCGGCAGAGGGUCGAGAAACACCGGAGCAGAGUGUUUCAGUGCCGGCUGCUGAACAGACCGACCGCCUUCAUCUGCUCCGUGCAGGGGAUGAGAGAGCUGCUGUCUGAGAAGUCCAGCUUGUUUCUGAAGGAUCCAACUGACUUGAUGACCAACAUGUAUGGAGACACCGUUGUCACUGCUAAUGGUGAGGAGGCAUGUCUUCUCCGUCUGUCUCUCACCAGCCUGUUUGCAGGAAGUUGUUUGGAAUCAUCAAGUGAUUAUAUCACCAGUGUAUGUGAGCGCUGUCUGAAGGACCUUUCUCUUAGUGGCCAGCCAGCGUGUGUGUACUCUUCCUUUAAGCGUCUUGGGACAGAGUUGGUUUUGGGCCUGUUUCUGAACGUGCAAGCGGACGAGCAGCCUGAACUUUACCAGGAAAUCGUGCAGCUCUGCACCCAGCACUGGCAUGGUCUGAUCUCUGCUCCGGUGAAUGUGAAGGUUCCCCUGUGGUCGUCGGGUUUCUCCACCGCUCUGGAUGCCAGAGACAAACUGAUGGACAUCAUCAAAGAUAAACUGGAGAAUGACACGCAGGGUUUUGUCGGCCGUCUUGGCUCUCUGCCGCUGCCGGACUCCAACUCGGCCUCCCAGCAUCUCCUGCUGUUCAUCUCAGCUCUGAUCCCCAAAGCUCUGGCGUCACUGCUCACCUCCUUCACACUGGCACUCAGUGGAAACGAACAGGAGAAGACACGUCGGCGAGCAAUGGAAGACCCUGAUUACCUGCAUAGGGUACUGCUGGAGGUUCAGAGACUUUGGCCUCCUUUUAUUGGUGGACGCAGAAUAGCUGAUCAGGACGCCACCCUUGCAGGGCUUCAUGUCCCAAAGGGUUAUGGUGCGAUCUAUAUCAGCCACUCGGUCCACCGUGACCCAGAGGUGUUCCAGCAGCCGGACAGCUUCCUGCCGGAGAGAUGGAGCGGAAGGAAUGCAGGCCAGGAGCACUUCCUGUGUUCCUUCGGCAGCGGGCCCAGAAGCUGCAUCGGAAUUAAACUUACCAAUUUCUUCCUCAAGGAAGCGUGCAUGUACCUGUUAAAGCACUACAAUUGGAGUUUGGACCCUCCAUCGCAGGACCUUGAGUACAAAUGGCUGCCUGUGUCUCGCCCUGCCAACCCCCCCACCAUCUCCUUCACCCGACUGGAACAGACCAGAUCUGACACGAGCGACAAUGGCUAGGGAUGCACAGUAUGUUCAGUAAUGUACCUGCUGAUAAGAGACGGGGGGGAGACCAAAAACUGUAACUCUAGAGUGUGCAGAAGAAGCUAAUAUAUAUGUGAAAACACACACACACAGAGGGAAGCCGGCAAACGCGGAGGCUUUCCCCUGCUGCGUAUAAUACAGUAAUUGUCCUGGGGAAAGCCGAGGAGUGUGCUGGUUUCACUCUGUGUGUUCCUCUGCCAGAUAUUCUGCAGCUUUCCUGAUGAAUCUGCAACACAAGAAGACAAAAUAAAUGACUCAUUCUUUCAUUGUUGAAUCUGACACUGCUAGACAGCAUUUUUUGGCCUGUUUUUAAUGAGUCAUUUAUUACAGUUUAAAACAAAAUUCACCAUGGAGCUCUCACCGAACCCACCUUACACAUCAGACAUUGCUCUGAGGUUGAAUGUGAUACAUCUUCCUUUUUUCCAUAGCGCUUGUUGUGAACAUAAAUUGAAAUGACCUCUAAAAUGGCAGCUUUAUUGUGGUACAAACUGCAUUUUCCCCCCCACACUGCAGUAUCAAUAUUUAAACCAUAUAAAUCCAAGGGAACACACACACACACACACACGUGUGCACACAGAGGUAAGCCCUCAGAUUCCAUCACUAACUGCAAACCUGUCUCCCCUUCCCCCUCCACCACCUAGCAACCACCGCUGCUUAGCAACAGUUCGUCAUACCGACACUGACUUGCUUCCUUUUUAGUAUGCAAGUCUCACACACGCACACACACACACGCGCACACACACACACACACACACACACACACACACACACUAACCUGGCUAUUUUUGAAAGCAGUUGGCAGUGAUACGCACCCCGUCUGAAUCACAUGUAAAUUAUUCCAGAAGGCGUUUCAGAGUGCACAUCUAAAUUUUAAAUAACCUUAACAACCUGAAUGAUUUUUGGCACAUUAGUCAUAAACUAAACUAGACUUAUUCUGCUACAUUAAUAAGAAAUUACAUAUUAACAUCGUAUUUAUUAAUAUUCGAGAGUAAUACACUUUAUUUGCAUUAUAUUACAUUAUAUAUGUUUGCGUUUGCCUUUAAUAGUCAUUUAAGUGCUGUAAUUGUUAAAUGCUGUUUUUAUGUUGUCUUAUGGUUUGAGAAGUGUCUAACUGCAUGUAAUGUCAAUCAAAUGUAAUUUUUUUUUAAAACUGUACGACAUUUCAACUAUCAUGCUACAUUGUUAUUUUGUGAUCUGUGUGCAAUAUUUUAAACAUUUUAAGUUAAUUAUUUUCUAAUUCUUUCAUUUGUGCCUUUUUCUUUUGAAAUACUGGACACUUCUACCUCUUCAGGCUUCCAAAAGUCCUUCAAAUGACAAUAUGUAAGAAAGAAAAAUCCCUCACUGGUUGAACUGCUCACGAUUCAUGUGAAUAACCUGUAAUGAGGAGAUUAAUUUUAAGGUGUCACAAGCCAGUGAAAAUAAAGCAGUAAGUAAGUUCA